AUGCCCUCUGUUGUGGCGAAGAGACUGGUCAUAGCUGUGGCCGUGGUCGAGCUGGUGUCCUCCCUGGGGAUAAAUGGCUUCAUACUGGCCGUGAAUGUCCUGGACUGGGUGAGGGGAAGCCAGCUGACCUCCUGCGACCUGCUGCUGAGUGGCCUUAGCGGCUCCCAGCUCUGCCGGCAGUGGUUCCUGAUGCUGGACUGCUUCACUGUCUGCGGGUACCUGACCAUGUCCCCGCUGGAGGAUUGGGCCACCACUGUACUCUGGCAGCUCACGAGCCAGGCCAGCCUCUGGCUCGCCGCCUGCCUCAGCCUCCUCUAUUUCCUGAAGAUUGGCACCUUCACCCACCCUGGGUUCAUGUGGCUGAAAUGCAGGGUGCCCAGGCUGGGGCUGCAGCUGCUUCUGGGCUCCUUGCUGGUUUCUGCCGUCUCCACCCUCACCCUGCUGCUGGUGGCCUCCAAGGCAGCACCCUGGGGAGCCUUCCAGGGAGAGUCCAGGAACUUCUCAUACCUGCUAGACUGGAGAAGGAAGUCAAACAUCUACCUCCCUCUGCUCCUGAGCCUGCAGUUCCUUCUGCCGCUGUCCAUCUUUCUGGUCUCCAUUUCCCUGCUGGUCAGGUCCCUGCUGAGACACGUCAGGCACAUGGGCUUCCUCGCCACCGGCCAUGGGGACCCCAGCACCAAGGCCCACAUCACUGCCACCAAGACUCUGGUGGCCUUCCUCUUCUUCUACCUUCUGUUUGUGAUCACCAACUUCCUUUUAUUCGCCCUGGACUACCCCAGCAGCCCAGGAGCAUUUUCCACCAACCUGGUGCUCAUGGGCGCCUGUGCCUCGGGAAAUGGCAUCUUCCUGGUCCUGGGUAACAGCAAGCUGAGGAAGGCAGCAGAGAUCAAGAUCUCCAUGGACCAGACUUCCCAUGACCCAGGCUCUCAGCUGGACCGAGCUCUCGUUCAGAACAGACUCCCCAUGGAUCAGGCUUCCUGCCAGACCAAGCUGUCAUCCAGAUUGGACUUCCCAUGA